AUGAAGGAGUCGGAGAUGAUUGACGUUUUUCUCCAAGCGCAAGAACCUGAUUACUUUCAUUACUUGCUUUCUGCCGUCGGGAAGACAUUCGCCGAAGUUAUCAAGGUUGGGGAAAUGGUGGAAAAUGGCAUCAAGUCUGGAAAGAUCGUAAGCCAAGCUGCCUUAAAAGCCACAACACAAGCGCUUCAAAAUGGUUCUGGAAAUAUUGGAGGGAAGAAAAGAAGGGAAGAUGUAGCCACUGUUGUAUCAACACCUCGAACCUAUGUCCAAGAUAAUCACCCACAACACUAUUUUCCUUCCAAAACUCCACCAUAUCAUGUCCCAUACCCUCAAUAUUCCGUGUUUAGCGCACAACCAAUUGCCACCCCUUCUUAUCCGCAAUGGCGUGCACCAUUUCCUCAAAAUCAUCCACCACCCCCGCAAAUUAACCAAAAUACCGUUAGAAUUCCUUUUCGUCCUAGAAAAGAAUACAAGAGGGGAAAUGGAGCUAAAGACGAGUUCACCCCUAUUGGAGAAUCAUAUGCUAGCUUGUUUCAAAAAUUAAGGACGUUGAAUGUUUUGAGUCCUAUUGAAAGAAAGAUGUCGAAUCCUCCUCCGAGAAAUCUAGAUUAUUCUCAACAUUGUGCCUAUUGUUCUGAUGCCCCAGGGCACAACAUAGAGAGGUGCUGGUACUUGAAAAAGGCAAUUCAAGAUUUGAUCGAUACUCAUCGAAUUAUCGUUGAGAACCCAAAUGGACCAAACAUCAAUCAAAAUCCAUUACCCAGGCAUACUGAAACAAACAUGUUAGAAAUGAUGAAUGGUUGCGAGGAAGUUGGAGUCCCAUACAAGCCAAUCCUUAAGGUUGGAACUGGCAAGGAAAAUUCGGCGAAUGUUGUGGACUUGACAAAAAUGGUGCCUUCAGGGACAGAAAAGACGUCGAAAGUGUUAAGCCCAUCAAACACACCCAUCUUAACUGUGAAAGGAGCACUUGAAGAUGUUUGGGCAAGUCAGAGAGAAGCAAGAUUGGUUGUUCCGAGAGGGCCAAACAAGCCUAUCUUGAUCGUGCAAGGAGCCUAUAUUCCACCUGUGAUCAUUAGGCCAGUGUCCCAACUCCCAAUGACUAAUCCCAAGGCUGUCCCUUGGAAUUAUGAGCCUACCAUCGUGACAUACAAGGGAAAAGAAGUCAAUGAAGAAGUAGAUGAAAUAGGAGGAAUGACUCGUUCGGGAAGAUGCUAUGCCCCGGCUGAAUUAAGGAAAACUAAAAAUGACCAAAUGCAAGUUAAGAGUCCAGUCACUGAAGGGGAGGCAGAGGAGUUCUUAAGAAAGAUGAAAUUAUCAGACUACUCCAUUGUGGAACAGUUAAGGAAAACUCCAGCUCAAAUCUCUUUGUUGUCUUUGUUAAUACAUUCAGAUGAACAUCGUAAAGCUGUAAUGAAGAUUCUGAAUGAAGCACAUGUUCCUAAUGAAGUUACAGUGAGUCAGUUAGAGAAGAUUGUUGGGCGAAUCUUUGAGGUAAACCACAUGACCUUCUCAGAUGAUGAACUACCAGUGGAAGGUACGGGACAUAACCAAGGCCUCCAUAUCACUGUAAAAUGUGAGCUUUCAUUUGUCACUCGAGUUCUAAUUGACGGAGGAUCUGGGGCAAAUAUUUGUCCCUUGUCAACUCUACAAAAAUUGAAUGUUAAUGUUGAAAGGAUACGACCCAACAACGUAUGUGUUAGGGCUUUUGAUGAGUCCAAAACAGAUGCCAUUGGGGAGAUAGAGCUCAUACUAAAAAUAGGGCCUGUCGAUUUCACCGUGAAUUUUCAAGUGCUGAGUAUCAAUGCAUCCUACAAUCUAUUGUUGGGGAGACCAUGGGUGCAUAGGGCUGGGGCAGUCCCCUCUACGUUGCAUCAAAUGGUUAAGUUCGAAUACGACCGGCAAGAAGUAAUUGUUCAUGGUGAGGGGGACUUGUCAGUCUACACAGACUCUUCCCUCCCUUUUGUCAAGGCGAAUAAUGAGAAUGAAGCAUUGGUUUAUCAAGCUUUCGAGGUUGUGGUUGUUGAGCAUAUCCUCGAGGGGAAUCUCAUUUCAAAACCACGAAGAUGUAGCCACUGUUGUAUCAACACCUCGAACCUAUGUCCAAGAUAA